AAAAAAAUAAGGUCAAUUUCAGCUGAAGUCUACAACACUCUCAAUCUCUCCUUCUACAACUUUCUCAGUCCAUUCGUAGAUUAGAUUCCUAAUUUUAAUUUAGUUUUCUCUCUCUUUAGAAAUAAACAAAGAACGAGAUUAGUAACAUUUAUGGUAUUCUAUGUCUUCCAAUCAUAGUCCUUGAUCAACUCUUUCUUUCUAUAAUAGUUACCUAUUAAUCUCUUCUUCAAAUCCUAUUCCAAUUAAAACCCAUAUCUCUUCUUUUAUCUUUAUUAUUUUUCCUUUUAUGGAUUCUGGGAUUUGUUCUAAGAAGCCAUAAAACAGGGACUUUUUAUUUAUUUUCUUUCUAUUCGAAGUUCAUAACCAGUGUUCUGUUCUGAAGACUCUCUCCCAUUGCGCUUUGUGGAGUUGAAGCCUUUGCCUUGAGAAAAUGACAGUUGACGACCCCAGAGAUCAGUUUCCUAUUGGAAUGCGAGUUCUUGCUGUAGACGAUGACCCCACUUGUCUCUUACUUCUCGAAACUCUUCUCCGUCGAUGCCAAUAUCAUGUUACUACGAGCAGUCAGGCAGUCGCAGCAUUGAAUAUGUUGAGAGAAAACAGGAACAAGUUUGACCUGGUUAUCAGUGAUGUGCACAUGCCAGACAUGGAUGGAUUUAAGUUGCUUGAGCUUGUGGGGCUGGAGAUGGACCUCCCUGUCAUAAUGUUGUCUGGAAACGGGGAUCCUAAGCUUGUGAUGAAAGGAAUCACUCAUGGAGCUUGUGAUUAUUUACUUAAACCUGUUAGAAUCGAGGAGCUGAAAAAUAUCUGGCAACAUGUAAUCAGGAGGAAAAAGAAAGAUACAAAGAGCCAAAAAAAUUCUUCAAAUCAGGACAAAUCUAAUGGAGCGUGUGAAGGAGAACCAGGGUUUGCAGGGCCAGGAAAUUCAGAUCAGAAGGUCAAUAAGAAACGUAAGGAUCAGAUUGAUGAUGAUGAAGAUGAGAAUGAUGAUAAUGGAGAUAGCGAUGAUCCAUCAACUCAAAAGAAGCCUCGAGUUGUUUGGUCUGUAGAGCUGCAUCGAAAAUUUGUCACAGCUGUUCAUCAUCUUGGCAUAGACAAGGCUGUACCUAAAAAGAUUCUUGAUCUGAUGAAUGUUGAUAAGCUUACAAGAGAAAAUGUUGCUAGCCAUCUUCAGAAAUACAGGCUUUACCUCAAAAGAAUCAGUUGUCAUGCAAACCAACACGCUAAUAUGGAGGCAGCCUUACGCAGCUCAGAUUCUUCCUAUCUGCGCAUGGGUUCAAUGAAUGGACUGGGAAACUUUAAUGCCUUAAAUGGAUCAAUGCAGUAUCAAAAUCCUGCUUUCAGAUCCUUCCCACCCAGUGGGAUGGUUAGUAGAUUGAACUCUCCUUCUGCUAUGGGUCUGCGCUGUCUUCCGUCGUCGGGUAUGGUUCAACUCAGUCAUGCACAAAAUUCAAACAGCUCCCAUGAUCAAAUGACGUUUCAUCAAUCGACCCUUCCUGGGAACCAUGAUGGGAAUGUACUUCAAGGAAUGCCCAUGCCAUUUGAAAUCAAUCAACAACACAUUAAGGGUGUUUCUCACCUUGGAGACCUCUCCACUGGUCUUGAUGAUUCUACAAUGUUCCCCCUUUCCACCAGCCUCUCAGAUGCAAAACUAACUACUAAUAAUAAUUCUAGCAAUGCUCUUGGUGUUGCAAACAACAUGAUGAUGCUAGGACACUCUCAAGAUCCCCAAGGUGGAAGAGAAUUCGGGAAUCAAUCCUCUGUUUCAUUGGCAUCUUUAAAAUCAGAAUUUUGUCCCCCCUUGCCGGAUCCUGGUAGAUGUACUGACUGGUCAAGCUCUGCUCAGUCAUCUGGGUUCCAAUCGAAUACUUUCCCAUUGGGGGACCGUUACAAGCAGGCUACAAUGCAUCCUGGUAGCUUGAGGGACAACAAUAUGCCUGUCAUGGCUCCACAAAUUGGUGGCAGUCAAUUUGAUGUUUCUUCCUUUUCUUCAGUCUCAAUUCGACCCCACGAUUCACUUACAGAUGCGCAGUGCCAAACUUCUGCAAUGAACAAUGGUGCCUUAAUUCAGGGCUGGGAUAAUCAUAAGCUGGAUCCUUCUUACCGACCAAAUAUUAUGUCUAGCUCAAUGAACUCUUUGAUGCCUGUGAAUGCUGGAGCUGGGGGUCCUUUGGAUCAGAGUUUGGGCUUAAAGAACCAAGUUUAUCACAGAAGCACAGAUUUUAAUUCUAUGGGACAGCCAAAUUAUGUUGAUCCUUUAAUUGCUAAGUAUGAUGAGGUGGAAAAAUCAACCAUGGAAACAUUGAAAUUGAAACACGAGUAUCUCAUGAGCCAACAGAGGUCACAGGGAGGCUAUAUCUCUACUAACUAUGGUCCUUUGGGAGAUGUUGUAAGUGCUAUAAUGAAGCAGGAACAAGAUGGUAGGGCUGAAGGAGAUUUCGAUGCUUAUUCCCUUGGUACAUCAAUAUAAGGCUAAAAAUACAGUUAGUUGUUGAGGAGCAAAAUGGACCUCUCUUCUCCUUGGCAAUAUAAUUUACUUUUUGUAAAUUUACAGCGUUUUGACUGAAUCCAUGCAUCCACUGUUGCCUAUUUUCACUAUAGCUAGAACAGUUUUAGAGCUUUCAGUAUCUUUUCUCAGUUAAAGAGCAGCAGAACUAGUUAGUUUUCACCAUUUGUUUGAGAAAAUAUCUUAAAUAAAGGCUUUUCUUUUAA